AUGCUCCAGUGUGACUCUGCAAAAGAUUGCACCAAAGCUGUCUACGACGUGGCGAACAAGGUCUGCUACCUCAAAGGCGCAGAUGCUCCAUGGCCCUUCAACGCAGGAUACCAGUCGAUCAGGCUGCUCAAUGGAACAGCAAGCCAAACCGGUAACUUGGGCAAGUGGGCUCCAGCUGUUAACUUUCCUGUCGUCCCUGUCGGGGCCUUCAUGGUCCCCGAGCAGCCAGUUUCAAAUCGAAUUCUCGCCUUCUCGUCCUGGGGCCCCUAUGAAUUCAGCGGGCCUACGGGGAUAACGCAAUUCACAGACUACAACUACAAGACCGGUGCAGUCUCGCAGAGGACCGUCACCGAGACUAAAUACGACAUGUUUUGUCCCGGAAUGAGCUUUUUGUCGAACGGCUCCAUGGUUGUCACUGGCGGCGAGAAUGCAGAGGCCGUCAAUAUGAAGAUCGCGCGUGGCUAUCAAAGCUCUACGACUCUCUCUGAUGGCCGCAUCUUUACGAUUGGUGGCUCCUUUACGGGCGGCAUUGGAGGCCAAGAUGCCGUGUUGAAAGUCGGAGAGGUCUACGAUCCUGCUAAGAACACUUGGACUCUGCUCAAUGGCUGCGAUCGUACCGACAAUCACGCCUGGCUGUAUGGCUGGAAGGAUGGCAGCGUCUUCCAAGCGGGUCCCAGCAAGACGAUGCACUGGUACGGCACCAAAAAUGGCGGCUCUGUUCAGCUUGCUGGCACUCGAGAUGGAGACAACGAUGCCAUGUGUGGCAUCAAUGUGAUGUUCGAUGCUGUAGCAGGCAAGAUCUUGUCAGCCGGCGGCAGCCAGAGCUAUACGAACAGCGACGCCUUCAUCAAGGCACACCUUAUCACCAUCGGACAACCAAACCAAGCUGCCACAGUGGAGAAGCUCCCAGACAUGAAUUUCCCCAGAGGCUUCGCCAAUACAGUCGUCCUCCCAAACGGCCAAGUCGUCGUCCUCGGCGGGCAAGCCGAAUCCCUGGUCUUCACAGAUAUUCAAUCCAUCUACGCUGCUGAGCUCUGGGACCCCACAACGAAGCAAUUCACCAUCCUUGCACCCGCUUCGGUCCCGCGCAAUUACCACUCCGUUGCUCUCAUCCUCUCCGACGGUACCGUCUGGUCAGCCGGUGGUGGCCUCUGCCCAGUCGGCCAAGGCGAGUCAACAGCCUUCUGCGACCAGACACUCAAUCACUUCGACGGGCAGAUACUCUCGCCACCGUACCUCUUCAAUGCCGAUGGGUCAUCCGCCACACGACCGACGAUCAACUCCCUGCAUAGCGCAACUGAUGCCAACGGAUACACGACUCGCGUGGGCGGGACUCUGAGCGUCGAUAUGACAGAAUCGGGGAAGACCACGUUCUCCCUCGUCCGUCUUGGUAGCUCGACGCAUUCGAUCAAUACCGAUCAGCGACAGGUACCAUUGGCGAAUGUCACGAGGAAUGGGGCGAGGUUUACGAUCAAGCUGCGUGCUGAUUCGGGCGUGCUUUUGCCGGGUUAUUACUAUCUUUUUGCAAUGAACGAAGCUGGGACACCUUCUAUUGCAAGGAUGAUUCGCGUUACAGUCUGA